AGGGAAAAGGAGACGUUGAAAAUGAAGAGUUGGGUAAGCUUAAGAUCGAUAUUUAUGCACGCAGAUGGUGUGGAUUGGAUGUUGAUGGGACUAGGUUUAAUCGGAUCCAUCGGUGAUGGCUUUGUCACUCCUAUUAUAUUUUUCAUCACCGGCUUACUACUAAAUGACCUCGGCGGUUCGUUCAAUGAUGGGAACUUCAUGAAAGCCGUCUCCAAGAAUGCUGUAGCUUUGCUUUAUAUGGCUAGUGCAUCAUGGGUGGUAUGUUUUCUUGAAGGAUAUUGCUGGACAAGAACAGGGGAGAGACAAGCAGCAAAAAUGAGAGAGAAAUACUUAAAAGCAGUGUUAAGACAAGAUGUGGGUUACUUUGAUCUUCAUGUCACAAGCACUUCUGAUGUAAUCACAAGUGUUUCUAGUGACAGCCUUGUCAUCCAAGAUGUCCUCAGUGAAAAGUUACCGAACUUUUUGAUGAAUGCAUCUGCUUUUGUCGCAAGCUACAUAGUGGCUUUCAUCAUGCUAUGGAGACUCACAAUCGUUGGCUUCCCGUUCGUCGUUCUCCUCUUGAUCCCUGGACUGAUGUAUGGACGUGCUCUCAUCAGCAUCUCGAGGAAAAUACGUGAAGAGUACAAUGAAGCUGGUUCUAUAGCCGAGCAAGCCAUCUCGCUGGUGCGAACCGUCUAUGCAUUUGGUAGUGAGACGAAGUUGAUAGCUAAAUUCUCACUUGCGCUUCAAGGCUCGGUGAAGCUAGGGGUGAGACAAGGGCUAGUUAAAGGUAUCUCUAUUGGGAGCAAUGGUAUUAUUUACGCCAUUUGGGCGUUCCUGACAUGGUAUGGAAGUCGGAUGGUUAUGUACCAUGGUGCCAAAGGUGGUACCAUCUUUGCAGUUAUCAUUUGCCUUACCUUUGGCGGCACAUCACUUGGUCGAGGCUUGUCGAAUCUCAAAUACUUUUCAGAGGCGGUUGUAGCAGGGGAAAGGAUCAUGGAAGUGAUAGAAAGAGUUCCAGAAAUUGACUCAGACAACCUUGAAGGUCAAACUCUAGAGAAAAUUAAAGGAGAAGUUGAAUUUAAGCAUGUGAAGUUCAUGUACCCCUCUAGACUAGAAACUCCAAUCUUUGAUGACUUCUGUUUGAGAGUUCCGUCAGGAAAAACUGUUGCUCUGGUUGGUGGAAGCGGGUCAGGAAAAUCAACCGUGUUGGCCCUAUUGCAGAGGUUUUACGACCCGGUGGCAGGAGAGAUUCUUCUUGAUGGUGUGUCCAUUAACAAGCUGCAAGUUAAUUGGUUGAGAUUGCAGAUGGGUUUAGUCAGCCAAGAGCCGGCUCUCUUCGCUACAACAAUAGAGGAGAACAUAUUAUUUGGUAAAGAGGAUGCAUCCAUGGAUGAAGUGGUGGAAGCUGCAAAAGCCUCAAAUGCUCAUAACUUCAUCUCUCAAUUCCCUCAAGGAUACAAAACUCAGGUUGGGGAGAGAGGAGUGCAAAUGUCAGGGGGACAGAAGCAGAGGAUAGCAAUUGCACGUGCCAUAAUCAAAUCACCGACCAUCCUCUUACUAGACGAGGCAACAAGUGCACUGGACUCAGAAUCCGAAAGGGUAGUUCAAGAAGCCUUGGAUAAUGCCUCUCUUGGACGUACAACUAUUGUUAUUGCACACCGUCUCUCUACUAUCCGUGAUGCUGAUGUUAUAUGUGUAGUCCAUGAAGGUCGCAUUGUUGAAGCUGGUUCACACGAAGCGCUCAUGGAGAACUUAGAUGGUAAAUAUACUUCUCUAGUCCGCUUGCAGCAGAUGGAUAAUCAAGAAUCUGAUGGUAACGUCAGUGUAAGGGUGCAAGGAAGUCAGUUAUCUAUAUUGAGCAAAGAUUUGACGUACGGUCCAAAACUAUCUAGUGAAAGCGGGUCUAACAUGUUAACGAGUUCAAGCAUUGAGUCGAAUCUUCCUAGUUCAGAUCCUAAGGGUAAGAAGCCGCCUGUGCCAUCAUUUAAGAGACUAAUGGCAAUGAAUAGACCAGAAUGGAAACAUGCAUUGUAUGGUUGCUUAAGUGCAGCUUUAUUUGGGGCCGUACAACCAACAAGUGCAUUUGUUUCGGGGUCGAUGGUGUCAGUGUAUUUCCUAACGAGUCAUGACGAGAUCAAGGAGAAGACAAGGAUCUUUGUCUUGUUCUUUGUUGGUCUAGCUGUCUUUUCUUUCUUGCUCAACAUCAUUCAACAUUAUAGUUUUGCUUACAUGGGAGAGUACCUGACGAAACGUAUCAGAGAGAAGAUGCUCAAGAAGAUUCUGACCUUUGAAGUCAACUGGUUCGAUGAAGAAGAGAACUCUAGUGGUGCAAUUUGCUCAAGACUUGCAAAAGAAGCUAACUUGGUGAGGUCAUUGGUUGGUGAACGAGUUUCAUUGUUGGUACAAACCAUAGCAGCAGUAGCCGUAGCUUGCACAGUAGGUUUAGUCAUCGCUUGGCGUCUAGCCAUUGUCAUGAUGGCGGCGCAGCCAGUUGUUGUAGUCUGCUUCUACACGCAACGUAUUCUCCUCAAAACCAUAUCCAAGAAAGCAAUCAAAGCACAAGACGAGAGUAGCAAACUAGCAGCAGAAGCUGUCUCCAACAUCAGAACCAUCACAUCUUUCUCAUCACAAGAACAUAUCUUGAAACUACUCAAAAGGAUUCAAGAAGGUCCAAGAAAGGAAAGCGUUCGCCAAUCAUGGCUAGCUGGAACCGUCCUCGCAACUUCACGAAGCCUUAUAACAUGCACUUCGGUUUUGAACUUCUGGUAUGGUGGUAGACUAAUCACUGACGGCAAGAUCGUGGCAAAACAGUUCUUUGAGAUCUUUACGGUCUUUGUGAGUACUGGUCGGGUCAUAGCAGACGCUGGGAGCAUGACGACCGAUCUAGCUAAAGGCUCGGAUGCUGUUGGGUCUGUGUUCGCAGUGUUGGACCGUUCCACAACCAUUGAGCCAGAGAGUCCAAACGGGUACGUAACGGAGAAAAUAAAAGGACAGAUAAGUUUUGUCAACGUUGACUUUUCUUAUCUUACACGACCAAACGUGGCUAUAUUCAAGAACUUGUCUAUUGAGAUAGACCAAGGAAAGUCAACAGCUAUUGUCGGUCCAAGCGGUUCAGGAAAGUCAACGAUAAUAAGCUUGAUCGAACGGUUCUACGACCCGUUAAAGGGUUGUGUAAAAAUCGACGGUCGUGACCUAAAAUCGUAUCAUUUGAGAACGUUACGUCAACACAUAGCUUUGGUUAGCCAAGAGCCAGCUUUAUUCGCCGGCACUAUCCGAGAGAACAUAAUGUACGGUGGAGCGUCUGUGAAUAUCGACGAGUCGGAGAUUAUAGAGGCGGCGAAAGCAGCGAACGCUCAUGAUUUUAUUACAUCGCUAACCAACGGUUAUGACACGAACUGUGGAGACAGAGGUGUAUUCUUGUCGGGUGGGCAGAAACAGAGGAUUGCUAUAGCUCGUGCGGUUCUGAAGAACCCGUCUGUUCUCCUACUCGAUGAAGCGACGAGCGCUUUGGAUAGUCAGUCGGAGCGUGUGGUGCAAGACGCGCUGGAGCGAGUGAUGGUUGGGAGGACGAGUGUGGUGAUCGCUCAUAGGCUUAGUACGAUACAAAACUGCGACGUCAUCGCGGUUUUGGAUAAAGGGAAAGUAGUUGAAUGUGGGAACCACUCGUCGUUGUUGGCAAAGGGUCCCACGGGUGCUUAUUUCUCAUUGGUGAGUCUCCAAAGAAAUCUUUGUUGAAAGUAAGAAGAUGAAAGUGAAGAGAGUAGGGAAAGCCUAAAGAUCGAUACUCAGUUUUGUUUUUGUAACUCUUGGCGUUGGCUUUUUAAAUGAGUUGUUAAAUGUCAAGAACGUGCCUAAUAUGUAAUGUACACUUAUGAGAAUUGAGUUGAUAUUGGUUUUGAAACUGAGAAUAUAAAGAGGGGGCAGUCCCCCUGUUUCAAAGAUUUCAAGAGAUUCCAACCGGAAAAUGUAAACAGUAUAGAAGACAGUACGGGACUAGUGUUUGUUUCAUUGUAUUACACAUUCCAGACAGUAUAUAACUAUAGCUGCUAAUGUAAACUACAAGCUCACUCUAUGUAUAUUAAUCAGUGUCGCAAUAAAUUUUGGGACUUUGAGAUGAAAUAUAAAAGAAAUGGAAUGAGAAAUGGUUCUGAGUAUGUAAGAAAUGGGAUAAAUGUUGAUUUUUAUAUGCAUUUAGAGUUUGAUUUUGAUUGUCAUUAACGGUGGUUGUUGUAUUGAUGAUAAAUAGUAAUUUAGUAAAGAAGUGAUGAAAAUGAGGAUGUAUGAGUAAAACAAACCAUUUCGAAAAAAAAGUAUGGUAUUUCAGUAGUAAUCAUAAUUUUAGAAUGAAUAGAACAAAUGAAAAAUUCAAGAAAAAAAAAUUAUUUUUCAAAUUAAACUUAAUUAUCUAACAAAAUCAUCUCAAAAUAUUAAUAUUUUUUUGUUUGAGAUACUAAAUGGAGAUCUUGCCAAUAAGGUUGUUCUAGAUGUUAUGUAAGAUUAGCCAAAGUCAAUGGAAUUUCAAAUAGCUCUGUAAGUAAUAGUACGACACGUGAAGAUAGUGUUAUCUCAAAUUAUUUGUAAGCUCUAUUGGAAAAAAAAUAUUAAAGAUAUAUUAAAACUUAUGUUUUUCAUUAAUAGUUUUAUCUAUAUAUAUAUAUAUAUAUAUAUAUAUAAUUUUUAAAAAUUUAAAUUCUAAAUUUAAAAUUCAAAUUCAAAUUAUUUUUUACAUCUAAUUUAUAGACCUAUUUAAAAAAAAAAAAUUGGAAGCAUGCUCGACAUCUCCACUUACCAUGCUAAAAAGGUUUUACUACAUAUUUUUUGUUCCAAUGGUCGUUAUUAUCAGGACAUUUGCUUCAGUUCCUUUGUAGAAACUUGCAGCUUAAGUUUUAGUUUACCAUCUCUUCAUUUUUUUCAUAUCUCUUUAGCUUGGUCUUGUUGCUUUGGAACGUCAGGCUCCCGAAGGAUUGAUAUCCUUGCCUGGUUCCGGUCUUACUACAUUAAAACAAAUAAAUAAGAUUUGAUGCUUCCAGCUUUGAGAUAAGAUUUUUAGUUUUCCAAAUCUCGUCAGAUAUCACAAGAACGAGGUGGGAGACACGAAAGCUUGAGAUAUAGUUUGGCAGACAUCAUUUAAUGGUGCUGUUUAAAAGAAUCAUGAAUAUAGAUACGGAGGAAAAACGAAUAAAAAUAAGGAAGUUGCUGAUUUUCACGCAUGUUAUAAACUUAUAAUAGUUAAAAUGUUGUAUAUUAUUAAUAGUCCCACGGUCUACUUCUGUGUACCACCACAAAUGCUAAUAAAAAACGACCAAUAAGACGUGAAAGAGUACACGAGAAAAUCCACCAAAAAAAGUACACGUUAAGGAUGAUGAAGUUGAAAAAGAAGAGUUGCGGAAGCAUAAGGUCGAUUUUUAUGCACGCGGACGGUGUGGAUUGGAUGUUGAUGGGACUUGGACUCAUCGGAGCCGUCGGUGAUGGCUUCGUAACUCCUAUUAUAUAUUUCGUCAUUGGCUUGCUACUGAAUGACCUCGGUGGUUCGUUCGACGAUGGGAACUUCAUGAAAGCCAUCUCCAAGGUUCUUUUUUAUCUUUUCUUUAUGCUCUUUGUUUUCUAUUUAAAUAUGGCA